AUGGACAUAGACAUCGAGGACGUAGAUAUCAACCUCGCAAUCGAUGCAUCGACGUCUGCCGCCUCGGCUGGUAAGCAGGCGAAUCGGGUCGAGAUCGUCCCCGUCGACGACGCGCAUCCGUUCGACCUCGAUGCCUACAUAUCAGGAUACACCGGCCGUGCAGCGAUCGAUCGCCUCUCCCACAUCAUCCUCCACGCACCCGCCGUCGCGCCACAGGCCCUCCGGCUCGCCCUCACGCUCCUGACCGAGCCCAGCCAGCGCGAUGCAACACUCUACCAGUCCCUCCUCUCGACCUACGAGUCCGCGCUCGCACAAACGCGCACUCUACCCCCGCUUGCGGAUGUCUUGCCCGACCACAGCCCAUACGUGCGCUGGGCAGAGGAGACCGCCGCCGCGAACCAGGCGGAGCGCGUCAAGCUCGAGGUCGAGCUUAAGACGUACACGAACAACAUGAUCAAGGAGAGCAUCCGCAUGGCGCACCGCGACCUCGGCGCGUUUCAUCGCACGACGGGCCAGUACGACCUUGCGCUCAGACAUUACACCAAGUCUCGCGAGUUCUGCACGACGGGCGCGCAUGUGCUCGAGAUGUGCCUCUCUGUGCUCGAGCUCUUGAUCGAACAACGCAACUACGCCCAUAUUCCGACCUACAUCUUCAAAGCUGAAAACGCGCUUGACGGCCUAAGCUCCUCCGCAGCGGCCCCCAUCGCUUCCUCCUCUACCGCUGCCACCGCCGCCGCCCCACCCGCCUCUCAAUCCACGAAAAAAGACCCAUACGCCCCGACGUACGCGAAGCUCGCGCUCUGCAACGCGCUCUCGCUCCUCUCGCAGGGCGCGUACGCCAAGGCCGGCGCGAAGCUGCUUAGCCUGCCCGCGUCGGGCGCGGGGGGCACCUGGAUCGGGACGAUCGUCGGCCCCGGGGAUAUCUCGACGUACGCGACGCUGUGUGCGCUUGCGACGCUCGAUCGGCCCGAGGUGAAGCGCAAGCUCGUGGAUGGGGACGCGGCGCCGGCAGUCGGCGAGGGCGGGAUGCGCGAGCUUGUGGAUGCGUGGAUGACGAGCCGGUUCAAGACUGUGCUCGAGCUUCUCCAGCGCUAUUCCACGCGACACGCACUCGACCCCAUCCUCGCUCCGCACGUCGCGAGCCUGACGACAUUAAUCCGCGCGCGCGCGAUCGUGCUCUAUUUCCAGCCAUUUGCAACCGUUCAUCUUGACCGUAUGAGCGCCGCGUUUGGCUGGUCUGUCGCCGACACUGAGCGCGAGGUCGUAGACCUCAUCCAGCGCGGCGAGAUCCAGGCACGCGUUGACAGCCAGAACAAGAUUUUGAAGGCUCGCACGAUCGACGCCCGCGCGCAGCUGUACGCCCGCGCUCUGCGCGCGGGCGACGAGAUGCGGUCGGCGACGCGGAAGCUGUUGCUCCGGAUGCGAUUGCAGCAAGCAGACCUUGUCGUGCGCAAGACGCAGCCUGGGAAUGCGCAUAUACUCGCCGCAGGGCCGUUCUCACAAGGCUCGGAACCAAUGAUCAGCUAG